AUGCGCCCGCUCCUGUUGCGCCGCAUCCGCCUGCGGCGUCGCCACUUGUCCAAGCUGCCGCCGGCGUCCCUGCGCCGGGGACAGCGGAGGGCGCCUCCCACGACCCCGCGCACCAGGUCGCACUUGCGUCUGCGCCGGUACAGCCCGUCGCACAGCCGCGCGCGGAGUCCCACAGUCGUGGUGUUGCUAGGGGCAGUGCGGCGGCGCAUCGGGGGCGUGGUUCUCCUCGGCGUCGCCCCUCCCCAUCGUACCGGAAUGCGCAUCGCGGUGGCCGCGGUGGCUGGUGGGGAGGUCACGGUCGCGGACGCUCCUCCUGCUCCACACGUGGUUCCUGCGCCGAGUGCUCAGGCGUACCCGCAGGGUCCAGGCCCAGCUGUUGGCCGUGCACCACCACCCGCGUCUCGUCCAGUCGCCGCCGCUCCGUAUCCCCCUCUUCCAUGGAUUCCCCCCAUUCCGGACACGUGA